AUGGCUCUUUUAAGCACCCAGAGAUCAUUUAAUGCGGAGCCUUUGGAUCCCAUCAAAGGCCCGAAGGACUCUCUUCCCAAAGACUCAAUGGCCGACUUUGGGAUAUUUCGCCGUCUGGUACCCCUGGUCAGCGACGGCAAGACAACGCACUUGAAUGCCGGCUUUAUGCCGCCAUCGAAUCUCAUCGUCAACGAAGCCAUCUCCCGCUUCUGCUCCGAGUCACUUCACCACCCCUCGCCGAAGUCCUGCUGGAGAAAAGAUGUCGAGGAAGUCCGCAAGUUAUUGGCCCAGUACAUCAACACCGAGCCAUCCUCGAUCGCCUUUGUUCGCGACACGACUGAGGGACUUGGAAGCUUCAUUCACGGUUUGAAAUUCAAUCCCGGGGAUAACGUGGUCAUUCUCGACUGCGAACACCCAAACCAAGCCUUUGGCUGGCUGGCUCUUCGUUCCCGUGGACUCAACGUCAGACUCGUACCAACAGACCCGGAGAAUCCUGCUGCUGCAACAGCAGAAACAUUUGCGCCUUAUGUGGACGAUCGAACAAAAGCCAUCGGUCUGAGCUCGAUCAUGUUCCACAGCGGACAAUGGAAUGACAUCGCUGAUGUCUGUUCUGUCUACAGACCCAGAGGAAUCCAUGUCCUUGCAGACUUGACCCAGCAGGUCGGAUUCGCCGGUGUCGAUGUAGAAGCUCUGGGAGUUUCGGCUGCAGCAUUUAGCCUGCAUAAAGGCCUCAACACACCAACAGGCUUCGCCGUUCUCUACGUGGACUCUGCCGUCAUCAAAGAGCUAGACCCAACACCUCCACUCGUCGGCUACGGAGGUGUGAGUAGCAUCAAUGAUUCAGAAGACUUCAUGAUUUCAGAAGAGCCAAUAGUCUUUCACCCGACCGCUCGUCGGUACGAGCACGCCAACAUGAGCUUCAUCUCAGCGGUUGCAGCACGAGCAUUUCUCGAGUUUUACCUCGAGGUGAUGGGCCCGAAGAACGUAGAGAACCAUCUAUACGAGCUCGGCGACGCUCUCCGUCGUUCUUGUGCUGGACUCGGUAUCGGCAUCGUGGGGCCUGCGGAGAGGGGGCACCACGCACCGCACCUCCACGUCCUUCGACUUCAUGAUCCUCGGUGGCUUGGUCAUCUCACUGCGGCCGGUAUUGUAGCAACCAGAUUCCGUUCGGGCAUUAGGAUAUCCUUUGGGUUUUACAAUAACCUGGAUGAUGUGGAAAGGCUCGUUGCCGUUCUCAAGUCGGGUCUUCAGGAAGGAAUACAAGCUGAGUAG